ACUUCUAUAAAUUUCAACCAUUUUCAGAACUAAAUUCAUCAACAUUUCUCAUCAAUAGCCUUUUGCAAUAACUAAAACAAUGGCAACAACUCCAAUCAAAAUCAUCUCGUUCUCAAUAUUACUUUUCGUAACCAUUAACAUAGCUAAUGGUCAAGCUCAACCAAACCAAUCCACCUUGGUGUUCUACCUACAAGAUGUCGGAAGAGGGCCUAAAGCAACCGUUUCACCCGUUAUAGGCAUCAAUGGCAAGGUUUGGUCAUACAACACAUUCGGAACAAUAUUUGUUGUUGAUGAUCCUGUUACGUUAAGUCCUAAUCCAUUUUCAACUCAAAUCGGAAAGGCUCAAGGCACAAUUACAGUAACUUCUCAAGAUGGUGCAAAUGUGAACAUAGUCUUAUCAAUUGUGUUUAACAAUGUGCAAUACGCUGGUAGUACUUUGGAAAUUCAAGGUACAAGUCGUCAACGUGAUAAUUUAAGAGAGCUCGGUGUUGUUUCUGGAACAGGAAGGUUUCGAUUUGCAAGGGGAUUUGCUGUGUUUGAAACUAUAUCUUAUGAUCCUAACUAUAGUCAGUCUGUUAUCAGGUUGACUGUAACAUUAGCAAUACCUUAAAAAUAUAUGUAUUAUUAUACAAGCCUCGUAUGGAUGUAUGAUGAUACAAACUUCAUAUAUAUGUACCGAUAAAUAAAAAUCAAAGAGCAAUAUUUGAUCCUUUUA